GAAAGCGGACCGACGACGGGAAAAGAGCAGGACGCGCGGGUCCUGAAGAAAUGACAGCUCCGAGCGGUCGGCUGUGACAGCGGACGGACGGACGGACGGACGGACGGAGGGAGGGACUGACGCCGGACGGACGGGAAACGACCGGCUGCGAUGCGCGCGUCUCCCUGCGGCCGCAUCCCUUAGUGUCGCUCUCACUCAGUGGCGGGGUCCGCGAAAGAAGAAGCGCGAGCGAGCAGCUGGAGAGACACGCGCGCGCGCCGGCCGGGAAGCGCUGCAAACCGCCGCCGUCGCGCUGCGUCCCGACGCAGCGACACUGCUGUCUGGCAACGGUGACAAAGGCUCCAGACAUGUCUCGGAAGAAGCUCUUUCUGAUCCUGGUAGCGAUGAGCAGCGUGAGCCUCCUGCUGCACCAUGGAAGCCAGUUUAUCUGGACUAUGAAAGCCUUCAAAGUGGGUUGCAGCACACAGGCAAGUUCUGCUUCCAAAAGCACGAGGCCUAAGCACACAAGCAUCGCUUUCCUGAAGACCCAUAAGACAGCGAGCACCACCGUGCAAAACCUGCUCUUCCGUUUCGCUGAACGCCACAAUGUCACCGUUGCCCUGCCUUUCCCUGCCUGCGACCACCAGUUCUGCUACCCACGAUCCUUCAGCUCCCGAUUUGUGCACCCGUACACCGUGCCGCCUCAAAUCAUUACCAACCAUAUGCGCUUCAACUAUUCCGAGGUACGGCGUGUCAUGCCCAAUGACACCGUGUACAUCACGAUCUUGCGCGAGCCGGCUUCUAUGUUCGAAUCUCUGUUCAGCUAUUACAACCAGUACUGUCUCAGUUUCAAACGCGUACCGAAUGGCUCCUUGGAGACCUUCAUGAACUCCCCUUGGCGUUACUACCGUGCCGGCGACAAGGACUCCAUGUACGCGCACAACACGCUGACCUAUGACCUGGGCGGGGAUAAGGACCAUUUGGCCACAGAUGCAGCAUAUAUGAAAGCUUUCAUCGCAGAGAUAGAACGCAUCUUCUCUCUGGUCAUGAUUUCUGAGUACUUUGAUGAGUCCCUGGUGCUGCUCCGCCACCUACUGUCCUGGGACCUGGAAGACGUGCUGUACAUAAAGCUGAACAUGCGUGCACCCAGUUCCAAGCGUCGCCUCAGCAAGGAUCUCCCAGUGAAAAUCCGUAACUGGAACGCACUGGACACCAAGCUGUACGACCACUUCAAUGCCACCCUGUGGCGGCGCCUCACUGAGCUGGGGCUCAGCUGCGUUGCCAAGGAGGUGCAAAUGCUGCGCAGCGCACAGGACAGGCUGUUGCGGGGCUGCUUUGGCGGAAUACCCCAGCUCCGACCUGCGGCCCAGAUCAAGAACAAGGAACUGCGGCCCUGGCAGCCCAGCUCCAAGGUGAACAUUGUGGGCUAUGACCUACCGCUCAACGCCUCAUACCUUGGCAAGGAGCCCGGGAUCAAGUCCCACGAUCUCUGCCUCAAGCUCAUACUGCCAGAAGUGCAAUACUCGCAACUUCUUCUGCAGUCUCAGACGCUGCGGUACCGCAAAAGCCAUCCCAAGAACAUUCUUCCAUACAACAGAGCUGGCGCAGUCCACAAGCCUCACCCAUUUCAAAGGUCUUUGCGGGACUCGCCCCCUCUAAUGCGAUACCAGUCGGACACCCGAGAAAGUCCCAGAAUUGCUCAGAAAAAAGCGAUGUAGGGCCACAAAACCAGCUCCUAUGACCUUCCACAAAAGCACUCAUGCUCUUCAUGCCUGCUGUACAUCACCAGAGCUCGAGAGAACCCUGCAAGCAACUCUGCAUAAGCUUUCCAUACGACUUCACCCAGAUGGUGUCACUGGAGCUUUCCCCUCCCGCUGGGAAAGACCUAAGGGUAGCGUACGAAGCGUCGUCCAUCCUUCCGCUUCCUACUGCCUCUGGCACGUCCGUUAACUCACUUGCAUCGUAGCAAUGGCCGUGUCUUCAACUAAUCUCGCACAUUUUUCAGCUUUCCCUGCAGUUCUCUCCUCUUUCCCAUGAACUCAGCAGUGUUACACAGAGCCGUAUGCCUGAUUUUGCAUAUCCGCCUAAAUCUGCCCCAAAGUGCCGGGGGGGUGGGUUUGGGGGUUACACGCUCGAAUUUUUACUCAAGACACUCCGACACAUCAGAAGGAGAAAGUACGUCGAACUUCGUUCGAUUUUGAAACUCCUUCCUUAGAGGUACUGUAUCCGCUCGUGUCACUUUACCGAGAGGCAUCACUGAAGUGUUGUUCGCUCUCACUAAAUACCUGAGCUCUACAAACUGUAGUGACUUGAAGAGACCAGCUGAAAUGUUCAGGUUCGAAAUCUGGAACUUGCUCUUCGGGCAGCGUAAAAGAACCUAGAAGUGAGAUCGGUGGAGGUCUUGUGCCAACGAUGAUUAGAUUUUCUUUUCCACACGUGUGAAAUGAGCUUAAGUUGAUCAA